UAUAUAGAUAAAUAAUAUAGAUUAUGAUAUGAAAAAUAAAUUUGUUAAUAUAUGAAUUCACCACCAACUUAUGUUGUAUUGGAAGAACAGCAACCUUAGUAGCUUUCAUGUCCUCCUCAACUUCCUCAAUCAUUUACUUUCUUUUAUGCUACAUUAUACUCUUCUUUAUAGUUAUAUAACUUCUCACCGUUAUCAAAACCCUUCAUUGUUGUAUUCAUCGACCAAAAGCAAGAUCGAAAAAUGAGGACCAAAUCUCAGUCUUCUGUUAAUCUGAAGGUCAUAUUCACAUGCUGCUCAAUCUUGAUAUUUCUCAUUAUCUUCUUUGCAAGAUCAAACAUCUCUUCCUCCUCCUCAAAGCCCCUUUCCGAAACCAAUCUCUCUCAAGAAGAAGUAGAAAAUCAGCAUAAACCAAAAGGAUGUCCAACAACACAACAAUGCACAAAGAUGCCAAUCUCUUUAUCCGACGCAUUAGUUCACUACGUCACCAGUAACGUCACUCCACAACAGACAUUCGACGAAGUCUCUGUCUCAAAGAGAGUCUUGGACAAGAAGUCUCCAUGUAACUUCCUAGUCUUUGGAUUAGGUCACGAUAGCUUGAUGUGGGCAUCUCUCAACCAUGGUGGUCGUACCUUGUUUAUUGAGGAAGACAAGGCUUGGAUCGAGACUGUGACUAACAAGUUCCCAAACUUGGAAUCUUACCACGUCGUUUACGACACUAAAGUGAAAAACUCCGACAAGUUGAUGGAGUUGGGAAGAUCAGAGGAGUGUACAUCCGUCACCGAUCCAAGAAACUCGAAAUGUGAUCUAGCGUUGAAAGAUUUUCCGGCAGAUUUUUACGAGACGAAAUGGGAUCUGAUCAUGGUAGAUGCUCCAACUGGUUACCACGAGGAAGCUCCAGGCAGGAUGAGCGCUAUUUACACGGCGGGGCUUUUGGCUCGCAACCGUGAAGAUGGAGAAACUGACGUUUUUGUUCACGACGUUAACCGUCCAGUGGAAGAUGAGUUCUCGGCGACUUUCUUGUGUAAGGGAUACAUGAGGGAGCAAAAUGGGAGGCUAAGGCACUUCACCAUCCCUAGUCACAGGGCUCGAACUGGAAGACCGUUUUGUCCUGUGGAUGUUGAUCGCCGCCGUUGAUUUUAUUUUUUCCAGGAAAUAUUUGUGUUGCGGAGAUCUAUGCAGUUAACCGGACUCAGGGCCGGUAAAUUGAUUUACCUAGUGGAUCUAGAGUCACUUUACUUAGCUUUUUGUGUGUGUUUUUGCUUUAUCUUGAUGAUUACCGUUUGGUUAAGGAUUCAGUGCAUUUACUGAAACGAUGUUUGUUUAAUGUAGUUAUUCAUAUAAUUAUUUGUCA